GUUUAUUACUUCUCCUGUAGGGGUAAUAUAAUAAUAUUUGUCUUUCUAUUCCUCACAAACAAAGAAAACAUACCGAUCUCUCCUGAAACUGGAAGGGUCUCUCUCUCUCUCAGAUUUUUUUUGGUUUCUUCAUAAUUCCAGGCACACACUAUUGCUGGUUGGUUGUGUUUUUUGGAAAGAAAUUGGUGGUUAUAUCAGUUGAGCUUCAAUGGGGUCGUCUUCGAAUCAGCCGGAGUUUGAUUACUUGUUCAAGUUGUUGAUGAUUGGGGACUCGGGGGUUGGGAAGAGUAGUCUCCUUUUGAGUUUUACGUCUGAUGACUUUGAAGAUCUAUCACCCACAAUUGGUGUUGAUUUCAAGGUGAAAUAUGUUGAUGCUGGUGGAAAGAAACUGAAGCUUGCAAUCUGGGAUACAGCUGGUCAGGAAAGAUUCAGGACAUUGACAAGUUCAUAUUACAGAGGCGCACAAGGGAUCAUUAUGGUUUAUGAUGUAACAAGGCGAGAAACAUUUACAAACCUCUCUGAGGUGUGGGCCAAGGAAGUAGACCUCUACUCAACAAACCAAGACUGCAUCAAGAUGCUUGUUGGAAACAAAGUUGAUAAGGAAAGCGACAGAGUUGUAACAAAGAAAGAGGGAAUAAACUUUGCUAGGGAAUAUGGAUGUCUAUUUAUUGAAUGCAGUGCUAAAACUCGAGUUAAUGUACAGCAGUGUUUUGAAGAGCUUGUUUUAAAGAUAUUGGAUACACCUAGCCUCAUAGCUGAGGGCUCUAAAGGGGUGAAAAAGAACAUCUUUAAAGAGAAGGCACCACAGCUUGAUGCAUCAACAAGCAGUUGCUGCUGAUGCUGAUUCAAUGUGUCUCAUCCAAUUCCUGGAUGUCUAACCAGUACCUUGGUUCCAUUCCAAAUCAUUGAAGAUUUUUUAUAAAAAAAAAAAUUAUUAUAAUUAUGUUUGAUAUUAGUCACAAACACGGGUGGAGCCUUGUGCAAUGGAUAUAAUCUUUUAUUGAAGUAUAUUAUGAAGUUUAGGCCUGGGAAGAAACGCUGAUAUGAUACAACAAUUUGAUUCUAUAUGAUUUGUACAAAAAUGUCGUAAUUUCAGUUGAUGAUACUUGUUCCAUGUUUCAA